AUGGACUUUGACAGGCUAUUGGAAAUCGCAUCCGAGCAUCUCUUCGCGUCGAUUACGGCGUUGAUAGCUCUAUUAGCUGUCCUCUACGUCUUCUACUACCGCAACAUUCACCCCUUGUCGAAAUAUCCCGGUCCUUUUCUCGCAUCUUUUACAAAUCUCUGGAAAGUUCGACAACUAUGGAGCCUCCAUCUCCCCGACACCCUCAUUGCGCUCCACGAAAGGCACGGCGAUGUUGUCCGCAUCGGCCCCAACCAACUCUCUUUCAGACAGGGAGACGCCGUCCCCAAGAUCUACAAGGCGGGUAGAAUUCUGGCCAAGACUCCAUUUUACGAUGGUUUCACUUCGUUCAACCCCAACCUGUUUGGAACUCAAGAUGAGGAGGUGCACUCUCUUCGGCGACGACAGAUGGCACAUGCAUUUUCUCUGCAGUCAAUCAAAGAGAUGGAGCAAUACAUCGACGAGCACCUCGUGCAAUUCCGCAGAAAUCUCGACGAAUAUUCCAAGACAGGCCAAGUCUUCGACCUCAAAGAACUGAUCGCCUUCUUCGUCCUUGACGUCCUGGGAGAUCUCGCCUUCCGUUGCCAAUUUAACUCGCAGGUUGAGAAGGAUGCAUCGAAGCUACCUCCUAUCAACGACCACAUCUUCCUCUCUUGCCUUCUGGGCAUGGUCCCCGACUCUAUGCCCCUCAUCAAAGCCAUUUCCCCCUGGACACCAAUCCCAUGGUUACAGCAGCUUCUCGCAGCACGACGAGACCUCAAGAAUCUGACUGCCAAGUGCGUCAGCAGUCGCAUGGCAGAUAUGAGUGCUGCUCGGAAGGAUCUCAUCACCAGUUUGAUCAACGCCGUGGACCCGCAGACAGGCGCCAGACUCACGGAGCUUGACAUACAGACAGAGGCAUUCGCGUUCAUUGUUGCAGGCUCACAUACGACGUCCGGAACCCUCACCCUUCUCUUUUCCCACAUUCUCCAAAAUCCGGCCGUUCAUGCUAAAGUCGUGGACGAGGUCGAUGCGACUCUCGGUAACGUCGAGUCAGACAUUAUACCUAUUGAGGGCCUCGAAACAAGGCUGCCCUACAUGAUGGCGUGCCUGAAUGAAAACUUUCGGAUGAACUCUGUCUUUACGAUGCCACUGGAGCGAAAGGUGACAGCCAAGGAAGGAUUGGAUAUUGGAGGCCAUGUUAUCCCCAAAGGAACCGUUGUAUUCAGCCUGAAUCACGUCGUCCACCACAACCCCUCCAUCUGGGGUACCGAUCACAAAAAGUUUGACCCUUCGCGAUUUCUCAACAAGGACGGGGAGACGCUUCAACGUUUCCUCAGCCCAUUCAGUAUGGGUCAUCGAAUGUGUAUUGGACGAAACAUGGCCAUGACCAACAUGCUCAAGCUCGUUGCUACGACGUUCAAGAACUAUCACCUGGAGAUGGAGGAUACGACGCAGAUCAUUUCUACCAUCAGCGUUGGAAUCUCGGAGAAGGAAGGUCCUUUAAUGUGUCGUGUGCGAAGAAGAUGA